AGAGAGGGAGAAGGAAUGAGAACGAGAAAGACCAGAAACACAUGACAGAGCAUGCACGCAGGAGCUGGAUUGGAAGUUGGUGCGUUGUUUACAGUUUGUCACAUCGGGACUUUCCCCCAAUUCCUUGAGAUAUGACUCGCAGACUAAACAGGAGAGUCUAAGCGGCAGAGUUAUUUUAAAUUCUCAAUUUUCCCACAAGAUACAAUUGCUCAACCCUGGUCCGCAAUGAGCGCGUCUGCAGGGACGGGAGUGUUUGUACUCUCCUUGAUGUCCAUCCCCAUCUGCUUUUUAUUUAAUUCCCUCAUUUACAACAACAGUGCUGAAGCUUUCUUCUUCGCUGGCUGUUCAACAGUCCUCAUCCUGUCCAUUUCAACCCAUUUUAUGCUCAAGAAGAAGGCUCCAGUUGAUCCUCUUUUCUAUGUGUUUGCAGUGUAUGCAUUCUUCUGUGUGGUGAAUCUGAUCAUCGGGCUGGAGCAAGACAACAUCAUUGAUGGAUUCGUGGUGUUUUACCUCAGAGAGGCAGAUCCACAUAUUAAUACAGCACAUGGGCACAUGAUCUCCUAUUGGGACGGCUGUGUGCACUAUCUCAUGUAUCUGGUCAUGAUUGCGGCGAUUACUUGGGGGGACAGUUACCGAGCCAUAGGACUCUACUGGAUGGGAUCUUUUCUCACGCGUGCCAUAGUCUACAUUCUUGGGAAUGCUGUGGGUAAAUAUGGGACCCAAGUUAGCCCUCUCUUCCUCCUCCACAUGCUAUAUAUUUCUGUGUCUGUCUGGGCCUGCUUACGCAUCUUCAGCCAGCCCUCCACACGGGAAGUUCAGUUGACAAGCGUCCAGGAGGCUGAAAGAAAAAGUUUACUCCACAGACCUCUGGACCUACUGUUCAUCAUCUACCUCAUUCCUGCUUUUGCUUUCUGCGUCUUCAGAGGCCUGGUUGUUCUGGACUGUUCCGGCGAAUGGUGUCAAGCCUACACACGACAGUAUGAGCCUUACCUCAAAGACCCUUCAGCCUAUCCUAAAAUACAGAUGCUGGUGAGCCUGCUGUACUCUGGACCAUACUACAUCAUUACUCUCUAUGGGCUGAUGGUCCCAGGAUGUGAGUGGAUGACUGAUCUGACUCUAGUGCACUCCGGAGCACUGGCCCAGGCCCAGUUCGCUCAUAUUGGUGCGUCACUUCACACACGGACGCCGUUCUCCUACAGAGUGCCUGCUGGCGGCCAGCUUGUCUUCUUGCUGGUCAAUAUCCUGUACGCUCUGGUGCCUCAGGCUCUGUGCUACCGCUGCUGCAGCAGGCCUGCCCUCUUCCUCAGGCCAAUGCCAGAUAAGAAGACUGAAUGACAGAGAGAGAG